UCGACGUUCUAUUGAACGUUUUCUGUUCGAAAACAACAACAACUUCAGUUUGCUGUUCAACAACAACAAACAUGACAGAUUUUUGAGACCUGAGACUGAAAGAUCGACUGGAAAAUGCCUGGGUGCUUUUCAAAAUUGGUGGAGAGAGUGCGUGGACGUCGGCGGUCUACUGCGUCGACAGGUUGUUCAAAUUCAUUUGUGGGUUGUUUUUGUUGUCUUUUUCCGUUUUGCAGGGUUUGCAAUCGUCGGGAGGUGGACAGCGACAUCGACUUCAUAGAGGAAUCAACUGUCCUGGAUGAGGUCCAGUUGGUUGUGCCAUUGGAUGAUGUGCCGGAUGUACCACUGCUGCCAGCCAUCCUUGAGGAGGUGCCAGAUGUGCCGACUAUCCUUGAGGAGGCCAUUGGUAAUUGGCAGUUGAUACCGAUUAGGUUUAGCUCCCUGUACUGUGGGCCUGUUGUGAUCAGGAACAAUGCCGGUCCGGUGGCUAAAGCUUGGAGAACUUUCCAGUUCAUCAGCCCCAUUAUCACCUACAUGCGUGGGGGGAUCCCAGGUAUGUGUCUUUGUCACUACCUAAUCCUAAUCUACAUCCAGGUGGUGGUGAGGAUGCACCAUGCGAGUAGGGUUCGAGGCCUGGAGACUCAACUGGUGUGGGCCAUCUCCAAGGAGACACACAGACUUAGUCCAGAGGGCAUCCCCUACUGUGCCACCAAGGUGCAGUCCAUCUCUUGGAUCCAGUAUGUGGCUGGCAGGGUGACCCAGUAUGCGUCUCACCUCCGCCACGAGACGUCUGUGGCCGUGACGCAUGGCUGCUACCAGCAAACUGAUGUCUCGGUGGUGUACGCCACUCUCCACAUGGGGCUGGAUGGGCUGCUCUCCUCCUCGGCGUGGUCGGAGGCUGCCUCCGUCUCUACGCCCACCACUCAGCAGUUCACUGAGCCAGAGCCUGAGGGCCACAACUGCUAUGAGGGCUGGGAGGAGGACCUGCUGCCUGAGGAGAGGGAGGUUCCUCUGCUAAACCUCUACCUUACCACCAAGAGAGUGGAGGACAUCGGCCUGAGGCUCGUCUCCCUGCGCCAGGCCUUUACUACCCUGCUCGGUUCCACCCUGAGUAGGAACCAUCUAUUGACAUUGAGAGGGGAGCUGGCUGAGGCAAAUAUCCAUCAUGUUAACCUGAUAGAUGUCCUUUUUGAGCUGGUGCUGUUUGGGAUGAUGACAGCUCAGAAAUCCCUGAUGGUGCAACCUGGUGGGUUCAUGGAGCGUCUGUACACUCUCCUGUACUCCUUCCUGCCCACUGUUGCCAGCAUUGAGCCAAAGGCUGAGAGAUACCUGUUGCUGCUCAAUGGCGGGCUGAUGGCUCUGCUAGAUGACAUGUUUGGGCAGCAGCUGGCCUGGUAUUUUAACCGAGAGUCUCUGGUCACUGAGCUCUCCAGCCUCCUCGAGUACCACCUCGAGUACCUCAUGGCCAGCAUGUAGUCCUACUGCAGAGACCUGAAGGGCCACACUUCUCCUCCUCUCUCUCUCUCUCUCUCUCUCUCUCUCUCUCUCUCUC